GCCGGGUCCCCACCUCCGUGCCCGCCCCGCGGGCUGACCGGCCCGACCGGGGCCCGCCCCCGGCGCCCACCAUGUACGCCUUUGUGCGGUUCCUGGAGGACAACGUCUGCUACGCGCUGCCAGUGUCGUGCGUGCGCGACUUCAGCCCCCGCUCGCGGCUGGAUUUUGACAACCAGAAGGUGUACGCCGUGUACCGGGGCCCGGAGGAGCUGGGCGCCGGGCCCGAGAGCCCCCCGCGCGCCCCCCGCGACUGGGGCGCGCUGCUGCUCCACAAGGCCCAGAUCCUGGCGCUGGCAGAAGACAAAUCUGACCUUGAAAACAGUGUGAUGCAGAAGAAAAUAAAAAUCCCCAAACUUUCUCUCAAUCACGUAGAAGAAGAUGGGGAGGUUAAAGAUUAUGGGGAAGAAGAUUUACAGCUUAGACACAUCAAGAGACCUGAGGGGCGGAAGCCCAGCGAAGUGGCGCAUAAGAGCAUUGAGGCAGUGGUGGCCCGGCUGGAGAAGCAGAACGGCCUGAGCCUGGGCCACAGCACGUGUCCAGAGGAGGUCUUCGUGGAGGCCUCACCGGGCACGGAGGACAUGGACAGUCUGGAGGACGCUGUCGUGCCCCGGGCUCUGUAUGAGGAGCUGCUGCGCAACUACCAGCAGCAGCAGGAGGAGAUGCGCCACCUCCAGCAGGAGCUGGAGCGGACUCGGAGGCAGCUGGUCCAGCAGGCCAAGAAGCUCAAGGAGUACGGGGCACUUGUGUCUGAAAUGAAGGAGCUCCGUGACCUCAACCGGAGGCUCCAGGACGUGCUGCUCCUGAGGCUUGGCAGUGGUCCCGCCAUUGACUUGGAAAAAGUAAAGUCAGAAUGUCUCGAGCCCGAGCCGGAGUUACGGAGCACUUUCAGUGAGGAAGCAAAUACGUCGUCCUAUUACCCUGCUCCUGCACCUGUCAUGGACAAGUAUAUCCUAGACAAUGGCAAGGUCCAUCUGGGAAGCGGGAUUUGGGUUGAUGAGGAGAAAUGGCACCAGCUACAAGUAACCCAAGGAGAUUCCAAGUACACAAAGAACUUGGCAGUCAUGAUUUGGGGAACAGAUGUUCUGAAGAACAGAAGCGUCACAGGAGUUGCCACAAAAAAAAAGAAAGAUGCAGUCCCUAAGCCACCCCUCUCGCCUCACAAACUAAGCAUUGUCAGAGAGUGUUUGUACGACAGAAUAGCACAAGAAACUGUGGAUGAAACUGAAAUUGCACAGAGACUCUCCAAAGUCAACAAAUACAUCUGUGAAAAAAUCAUGGAUAUCAAUAAAUCCUAUAAAAAUGAAGAACGAAGGGAAGCAAAAUACAAUUUGCAAUAAACUUUGGAUUUUUCAUAAAGCCUUAUCGUUUUCCUUGCGUGGCUUGUGAUUUGCGGGCAAUGGUGCUGUCCAGAUGAGACCCCACCGUGCAUGGUGGCAUGUGGGCAGGGAACCACAGGUUUCCAGGGUCUUCAACUUGCCCUGAACUUGGACUUCCCACUCCAAAGAAGUCAAAUGGAUUUUCUGAGACUCAGGCAGCAACCUGGCGCCAGUGUCAUUUUGGGGAUGGGGAAAGCACCGUCUUUUUGGAGGGGGAUAAAGUGUCUCUGAGUUGCCUAUCACUUGACUGAGAAUUUGAACUAAUAUUUUUACCAUUCAAGGACUCCUAUCUCUGUUCCUCUAUUUUGUUCUAUAAUAAAGCUUCAUUAAUUCUUUGAUGUAGACAAUCAUUAUCAUUUAUUUAAGGAUAUUAAGUGUACAGUGGAGGUGACCAGUAUCCUUUGAGAGGUGGAACACUCAGGCUGAAAGCUAGAAAGUUCAUAAGGGGUGUGGUUGCUGUCUGCAGAUCUGAAGGGCUGUCUCAAAAGCAAAUUACUUUCUCUUACUUCAAAGGACAGAUCUUAGGACCAGACGCCUCUCUCACUCAAGAUGAUCUGAGAUCCAACUUCCUUGAUAAAUUGAAUCAAUCUCUGUGAAAGGGUGUAGGGGGCGGUAACGUGAGAUGUGGCCCAGCAUUACCUUCAGGAAGUGGGGGGCAGUGUCACCUCGCGUCAGUUCGUUUAUCCUUUUAUAUCUAAAAUGAUCUUUCAAGUUACAUAAUUUUUAUCUCAUUGAGUAACAUUCUCUAAGGUGCCUGGUGCACAAUCUGGCAAAACCACAUUUGAUCUUCCUGUUGAUUCGCACUUUCUGUAACGCCUGUGAAGUCAGCAUGGUGUAUUGGAAAUGGCAAGGGUUUGGGGCUGAGCACCUGGGCCCUAAUCCUGGCUCCCCUGCUUGCUUUGGGCUUAACCUAACCUCUUGAGUUUCCAUUUUCUGUUUCGUAAAAAGAAGAUCAUACCUACCUUGCAGACUUGCUAUCAGAAUUAUAUAUCUAUAUAUAAAGUGUUCAAUAAAUGUUGGCAAUUGUUA